AUGAAGGCAGCAUCUUUCUUCAAUCUGACCUUGGGCGUCAACUCUGAAGCUUCCGAAGAAUAUUUCUUUGGGGCUUCUGAGAAGCACUCUCUCCAAACAAACUGGAAGACCUUCGACGAGCAGCCUCUAAGCUCAGCAUCAUUUAUGGAUCUUCUAGCUAACACCAUCCCACUGGUGAGGGCGAAGAAAUUUCUGACAUCAGAAGAAUGUAAGAAAAUGCUCGAAACCAUCAGAACGCACCAGAUUGGCGAAUACAAUACAACCAAUGUGUGGCCACGUGUAGGACAAGUGGGCAUUACCCAAUUUGAUCAUGGUCCGUUCUUGGUGAAAGCAGAUAUGUCGCAGCAAGAGUUGACGAACUUGGUAGAUAUGAGAUCGUAUUUCGAGGGCGUUGAAGAAGCCAAUUCUCUGCUCCGCCGCUGGAAAGACGAAGCUGGAAUCGAUAUAAUAGGACGCAUCCUCACAACUCUACAGCAAACUACAGGCAUGCCUACCCGAAUUGCACGUGAAGGCGAUAAGGAGUAUUUCGCAGGUCUGAUGCGAACCGUUGAUACUGGGAUCCAAGUCCAUGCGGAUUACGCACCAUAUAACAUCCUUCUGAAUCCAGUCCGUAGCAGCGAUACUCUCAUCUUUGACCGUCAAUGGCUGGCGCCCGAAGACGAUGUGGCAUGGCGCAAGGCGUUUCCGCGUUACGCACACGAGCCUGGUGUAAUCGAAGGUCGUGCUUUCAAGGCGAUGAAACCGGUUCCUGGAGACCUGACGUUCUUCAAUCCUAGGGGAGAUCAAAUGUGCUGUGUCUCCGGUCGCUGCGACUGACCACGGGUAAGAACUAUCACGAGGUGAAAGGUUGUGAUUCCAGGAAAGAAGAUUUGGAAGUGCCACUUCGCUUCACUGUGAGCUCGUUCAUAGGAUAUCUGCCGGCAACAGAGUCUGAGCCGGCAACGUUGAUUUUGUGGUGGUCGUGAUGCCAAAGGACAUCAGCAAACAAUCAAGACAAUGAUGUCAACAGUAGCAGAAAUAACGUAUCGCAUUAGAUGGGGAACUAUGUAGCUGAAAGCAAGAAUGAAGAAUGGUUGAUCUUGUGCAUCUCUGCUUCAGGAAACUUCAGGUGCACUGAUGAUGCUAACAGCGAGAAGAUGUUUUCGAUCUAAUGUCAUAACUUUAGAACAUCACUUGAUGAUACAAUCUGCUUACGAAGCAGUUGCCAGAU